AUGCAACGAACAUUACUCUUGAAAUCCGUAUUUACUCUAGUUAUAUUAAUCUUAUCAUCAAAUUGUCAGGCACCUAUGUGUAAUAUAAAUAAUGAUAUUCUAAUAUGUUCUGUUAAAAAUACUUCAUCUCUCGUGGAUACAAGUUUCAAUAGUUCAAAUGGAUACAGUUCGGUCAAAAUUAGAUAUAAUGGAAAUGUUCAAUUGAAUUUAAUAGCACCAUCAAUGAAACCAAUUGUUAUAGAACCUUCUGAUGAAAGCGAUAGUCAUACACUUCAAAUAUCAACUAUAAAUACAGCUGCUUCUCGUAUUGACAUACAAAUUCGUCUUUCAUCAAAUCAAGUAUUAUUACCAUUAUUUACAGCAACUUGUAAUAUCACAGCACCGAGAAGUACCUUACGUAUUAGUGUAAUACAAAGUAUAAUGGAUCCAAAGAAUUUUAAAAUAUUUGAUGAUACUUCAACUUCAUUAACAAUGAAUUUUGCUAAUUAUGAACUUAUUUUUACACGAAGUGAUACAUAUCGUGGAACUUUAUAUUUACAUAAUCUUAUUCGUCUAUUUACAAAUAUUACAAAUAUAACUAUUUCCGGUAAUGAUCAUGAUCUUAUUGUUAAUGAUACACGAAUGCCAUCGUUUAUUAAAACUGAUCGAUUAUCAUUUAAAUAUCUUCAUUUAUAUGAUCGAAUGCUUAAUAACUUUCCUACUUUAAAAGAAUUUUUUAUUGAAGGAUGUAGAUAUAAUAAAACGGCACAAUUUUUACGUUCUUCAAACGUUUAUAAUAUAUCAGUAGAUAUGAGAUAUAAUAUACCUGAUGAUUCCAGUUUACCAAAUCAUCCUGAAACAUUCAAAGAUCUUCAAAGAUUAAUAAGUUUAACUCUUAUUGAACAAAAACUUAAUUCAUCAUGUUUAAGAGCCAUUAAACAGCAACGAAAGCUUAGCAAUUUAUUAUUGGAUCUUGGUUCAUAUUCAAACUCUGAUUUUGAUGAUUGGAUGCAAGACAUGCCAAUUGUUAAAUAUUUAACAAUUAAUAAUAUAUCAGAUUUAAAUAUAUUUCCAUCAAAAUUUUUUAAUAAAUUACAUGCUAUAGAGCAAAUCAUAUUAAAAGGACGAUUCAAUUUGAAAAAAGAAGACAUAUGUAUUUUUACUCGUAUUAAUAUCCAAACUUAUCCAAAAACUCCGAUUAUAGAAUUAAAUAAUGAAGAUAAAUCAAAAGAUGAUAUAUGCGCCAAUAUUUACAUACAAGCUAUUAAUCAAAUAACAAUAGAAGGUAUUAAAUGUCCUCCACAGGAUACUUGUUCUGACUGCGAACGAUGGGCUAACCAGGCACAGCAAUGUGAUCUUACUCCAUAUGAAGAGACAUGUAGAGGUGAGACAACUGAUCCUGGUAAUAUAUUUUUCUACAACGAAAGUCGUCUAUAUGGUUUUUUUCAAAAUCGUUCAUGGUUAAAUCGACCAACAAAUAGUACAAAAUCACCAACAGGACAAGCAGGCUCAGUAAAUAUUGGUGCUAUUAUUGGUGCAACAUGUGGUCUUCUUGUAGCUAUUGUAAUUCUUGCUACGACAAUUUAUUGUAUUUAUCGAUCUCGUCAAAAAGAUGCAGCGAAAAAUACGUCAUCAAUGCAAGAAGGAAAAUAUAGACGUUCAUCAAAGGAUUCAGCACAUGUCUCAAUUGCAACAAGUAAAUCAUCAAAAUCAUCACGUUACGCACUUGAAAAAUCAUUUUUUCCUUCGAUUCAACCUAAUGAUGAAAUAGCACCACCACUUUAUACUGCACCAUCUGAAUCAGUUGGUUCUGUUUCUGCUUAUCGUUUACCACCAGUACCAAGUGCUCCUCGUGAAAGUGUAUUAACUCAUACAACACAUGUUUAUGAAACAGUCGACACUUAA